GUGGUCAGGUGUCUGCUCUUAUAUGCGGCGGAGCUGUCCGACUGCUGCACACACACGACAACACGAACACAAAGCUACAAGAUCGAGGACAUGCCCAACACCUCCACUCUUGUCUGAGCGUUUAUUCCAAAGGUAAUCAAUUUGCCUAUAAUAUGCUGCAUUUCCGCCACAAGUUGCCCACGGGGGCAGCCAUGGUCCUACUAGCUGUCCUCCUCCACCGAUGCGUCAUGCAGGCUGCGUCUCUGCCCCGCCACUACCGUCUCCGAGGCGGCGGCGAUGGUGGCGAAGGGCAAACGGCCGGCUCCGAUCUGCUCAAAGCUCUGGAGUACAUCGAGAACCUGAAGCAGCGUAACGGGGCUCGCCCGGGACCCGAGCCCUCCGACUACGACGAAGUGGAAAAGUUCAGAGUGUUGCUUCAGCUCGCCUCCCAGCAACAACAGCAGCAGGAAGACGAGGCUCCGGCGGAACGCCAGGACAUCACCGCGGAACAGCUGAUGAGAUCUCUGCUCAAGUCCCUCCAGGAUCAGGCCAAGCUCAGCCCCGUGUCUGCACCCCGGAACGACCGCCGUCUACACAGACACCGCACCAAAGAUACCGAAACCGUAAAGAGCCCACCAACAGAUUAUGCCAACUACCCCAGACCCCACAAGAAGUACCCGUUGAUGUUCGAGGAUGAGGAGAACACGGAUGCCUCCAAGCGGGCUACGGAGGAUCUGGACCAGAAGUAUACCCCCCAGAGUCUCGCCAACCUUCGCUCCAUCUUCGAGGAGCUGGAGAGGAUGCCUAUGUCUGUAGGACAGAAGAGAGACAUUUUUGGGGAAGAGGAGGAGGCGGCAGAUGAGGAUGGAGGCCCCGGAGAGGAAUGGGUCCCCGUGGAGGAACGAGAGGAGACCGAGGAGAUGGUGAACGGGAGCCAUGAGGAAGCAGACAGGGCCCUCGGGGAUCAGGAGGAGGAAGACGGGGAGGAAGUGCAGCGUCGUUCGGGUCAGGACCAGGAAGACGCCGACGAUGACACCAAACUGGUCGAUUACUACCUACUUAAGGUUCUGGAGAUGACCGAUCAGACACAGAAGAGGGACCAGACCGGGGAACAACGAAAGAGACUCAUCCGCCCAUCCAUCAUAGAUCCUCGUAAGCUGAAGGAGCUUCUGGAGCUCUCGUUGAAGCUCCACGUCCCCCCACAGGACCUCAUUGACAUGCUGCUAACGGAAGAGCUCCGUAAGCUCCACCGUAACCCGCCAGCGGCCUCGACUCGCUACACGACAGGACAAACCCCCAAGGUCCGCUAUUUCAGUCACAGACUGCCCCUGAAGAGCAAGGCCCCCGCACCUGAGGACAUGGACCGAGAGGACUUUUUGGACAUCAUCGGCGUGGAGACCAUCAGUAACGAAUAUCCGGUGAUGCCCAGACCCGCCAAGACGUCCCCGGACAGAAUCCCAGCAGGGUCCAACCCUGAGCCAAAUGUAGGAUCGGUGAAAAUUCCACCUCCAGCCGGACGCAGGGAGAAUCUGUUCUUGUCCGAGCUCAACAAGAUGCCCCUUCGGCGUCAGGCGGCCGACGACGACGACACCAAUGACGGUGACGUGGAGGACGAGGUGACCACUUAUCUGGCAGCCAAAAUCCUCACCGAGUACCCGCCCAACAGCAUCACCAAGCGAGACACCCAGGCGCAGACCAAGGGCCACUUCCCCUACGAGCUGUACGAGAGGGCCGUGAAGGACUACUUGAGCCAGGCAGACUCUAGGAGCAGACCGGUGGCCAAGAGGGAGGCUGAGGAGGAGAAACCCACGGAGGUGCUUAGCGAGGAGGAGGUGGGGAUGACAGCCAAGACCUCUGCCCCGGCCCCAGGCGCAGCGUCGGGGGGAGAAGGAGGAGAGGAGCACCGUGAAAAAGCUGUGGCUGGAAUGUAAACGCUAUGAUUAUAGUAUUUCAACUUUCUCUGUAUGGUGGAUGUGAUCUAGUUUACAAAUUUUAUUGUAUAAAUCAUAGCUGAUAUCACCCUAAUUAAUAUAUAUGAGUCCCUAUUUGCUGCAAGGUCAUUAUAGAAAUAUAGUGACGUGAUAGAUGAGACCAACAUACUAUUCAAAACACAGGGUUUGCACCUUCCAUUACUCUAAAUUCUCAGAGUAUAAAUAUCAAUUAAGAGUUUAUAAUUAAGUUUUGUGACACUGCUAGUUUUACAUUGUGUUUGUAGAAACGGAUAUUUACAAGGAAUUGACAUCUGUCAAACUUAACUAUGUGUGAAUAUAGCUGUAAAUGACAGCCUUAAAAGAUACCAGUGCUUUCCUAACAUCAUUUGAGACUAUAAUAAUAUAACAAUUAGAGAUGAAUGAGUGCUGCCGUGGCUCCGUGUAUAUUCAGGGUUUGUGAAUUUAUGUAAUAUGAUUAUGGGUCAUUAUUUAUGAGUCUAAAUACUGUAUCAGCCUGCCUUCCAAUCGCUUUCAUACUGCAAAGCUCUGCGUUUUCAGCCUACCAAUGGUUGUGCUAUGUAUGCUCAUUUUUAAACCAUUUUGUACAUGCUUAAGAAUGUGUGAUGAAGCACAGAUGAAUAAAGCAUCAGCUGUAUUCUUUUUCUU